AUGUCCCUCUUUAGCUCCAUCACCAGCUGGCUCUGCUGCAUCCCCAGCCCAAGCCCAGCCGCAACCUCAAAUCGAGAGACAACUCCUCCCAACCACCAACCCACCCACUCCCCUCGAAUCCACCACCAAGAUGCCAACAACGAAGGCUACCUGCCCCCCUCCCCACCUCUCCCCGCCUACACCCCCCAUCCACACACCUUAACCGAAAAGACCCUCGCCCUGCAUCCUCGCUCAUCCUCCAUAUCCUCUCUGAACGAGAAACCCGCUGCAUCACCUUCCUCCUCAUCAUCUUCAUCAUCAUCAACAACAGCCCUCUCACAACCACCAAUCUCCCCAUCCCCGACAAUUCCCCCCGCCGCACCCACUCCUCCGCCCGCACCCUCCUACCCACCCUACUACCACCACCACUACCGCCUCUCCGACCCGGACGAAAGCGACACCUCGUCGACUCUCUCCUUCCCCAGCACCAGCAGCUACGGCAACACCUCCACCGCCACCCGCGAGACCCCGCCGCCGCCCUACUCACCUCGAAGUCUGGCGACGACUGCGGGUUCGCGUACGAUGUCGCCUGUGCCGUCUUUGAUGUCGGAUUCCGGGCGGAGUCAUAGUAGUGGUGGGAGUAGUAGUGAUGGGCAGAGCGUUGCGGGGUUUGGGUUUCAGCAGGCCGGGAGGAGGGACGAGGAGAUGGUGCAGAUUGCGGCGCCGAGGCCGGUGGUUGUUUGGGAUGGGAGGGCGGGGAGAGGGGCGGGGAUGAGCAUGGGGAUGGGGUGGGGCGAUAUAUAUGAGGAGUGA